AUGGUGGCAAAACAUAAUCAAAUAGACUUGAGAGGAAGUAAGUACUUUACUUUAACUGUAAAAGUUUCUAGUGAGUCUCCAAUUUCAGAUGAAGAGGUUGCGGUGCCGAUUAGCUCUAAGUAUAAAGUUGAUGAGUUAGCUAGUAAAUCUGCAAAAUGGGCUUCUUCAAUUAUUUUGUAUGUUGUUGGUGAUACUCCCACAUUGAAAUACAUCAACACUUUUAUUGAGAAGAACUGGAAUUGUGUGUCUCAACCUGAGGUAUUAUUGCAUAAUGAUGGUUAUUUUGUUAUACGGUUUGGUACUAUUAAGGAGAUGAAAGAAGUAUUGUAUUCUAGGCCUUACACUAUUGCCUAUAAACCAAUGAUUAUGAAGGCCUGGACUUCAGAUUUUAAUUUUAAUGCUGAAAUCUUGAAAGUGGUUCCUCUAUGGAUACAAUUACCUAAUUUGCCUCUCAAUUGUUGGGGUAUGGACUCUCUUAGUAGGAUUGGUAGUGCUCUAGGCUCGCCAUUAUUUGUUAAUGAAUGCAAUAGCAAGCAAACUAGGAUCUCUUAUGCAAGAAUGUUGGUUGAAAUUGAUGUAACUAGACCUAUUGUGCAUAAAGUUAUGUUCCAAGAACCUGGUGGGAAGAAAUUUGAGCAAAGCAGGCCAGAAUGUGGUCAGGAAGUCACUGGGCAAGAGAAGCAUGUGAAACAGAAGAGGUGGGUGCCAAAACCGAAUGUGCCACAGGCUACUACUAAGGAUCGUGAUUCUUGUGUUCCUGUUUCUGAUACUGGUCCAGUUCUUCCAGGUCCUAACGGGGAGAAGGAAACGGGGAAUGUUCUUAAGAAGUCUGUAGUUAGAGCCCAUGAGGCUUCUUGUUCGAUUCUAGCGGGGACUCUAUCCCCUUUGCUUCCUUAUGAUGCUCUUAUGCUGGAAUUUAAAGGGUUGCAAUAA